AUAUAGUACCUAUGCAAUGUGAUUCUAAUGUGAAAUAGUGAUUUAAAAAAAAAGUUAUGAAUUUUCUUAUUACAGAAUUCGACUGAAUAAUUGAAAAUGUAGCAUGCAGUAGUUCAUUUAAAUUUAAUGUCCCAUCAAACAAUGCAGAGGGUACCUGGGGAAAUAUUUUCUCCUUUAGAGCCUCUGGAGCUUCGUUUGCUGAAAGAGCAAUUAGCUAACAUCUCUUGCGAAUGUAGUGUUUGUGAAGCAGCAAGAAAUUUGAACGCAAUCUCUACAUGUAGAGAAAAAAGUAUACAGACUGAAGACAAUCUAACGGUCUUAAGCUUAGCUCCGAUUGACUCUGCAUUGGUUGAGAGAAUUAAUUUAAUGAGAAGAAAUAUUUCAUGUCCCACUUGUACUGUUAUUAUGAGUUUAUUUCGUCACAGCCAGACAAGAGUUGUGAAAGAUGAAGAGAGUGAAACGAAAUCAAAUAAAUCUUUUAGUGACAAAAAUGAAGGCAAAUGUGUGGAGUACAUAGAAAAGAGUACAUCUUUUACAAGUAGACCAAUACUUAAACGUUCUAAUUCUACUCUGUAUGAAUUUGAUAGCGAAACAUCAAUCAGGACCGAAAACUUUCCUCAAUGCAGCUUUAAGAGAAAUGAUUCUGCGAAAGUGAAAUUUUUUGAUUCCUACGAUAAUUCAGAAGUUCAACAACAAAAGCUCUCCUUAUACGAAGAUUGCUUGUGCUUGGAAAAUUUUAUUGAUUCAAUUAGACCACCAUUGUAGAUUAAGAAACCGUUUCCAUCUCGGUUACAAAUAUCGAACAAUACAACACUGCAAACAAUACUUUUUUGUAGUAAUUGUUUGUCAUACUUGCCAGUAUUACAAGCAACUUCAGAAAGUAAAGUCAUUUAAAUCCAACAAUUUA